CUGCAUCACCUCGAAGGUCUCUUCAUGUGUAUGGACUAUGGCUGCUCUUCUCCUGGGAGGGCUCAGAGAGAGGGCUGGCCAGCAGGUGCCUGCUCUGCUGGCCCAGGAUCUGGCCGCUGCACAUGGCAACACUCGAGUGGGAUGCCCUUAGCUCCCAAGGCAGUUCCUCUUGGCUUGCUGCAGCUCUGGGUCAGCCAGCGGCUCUGUGACAGCAGUGUCACAGGGUGUCUGUGCGGCUCAAGCCGUGCUGGGUUUGCAGGCAGAGGCACAGGCGCUGAGCGGGCAGGCACAGGGAGUGGCGGAGGCAGCAUGAGCAGGAUCGCUCGCCGAUGCUAUCGGUGUUACAGACAGGUUUCAUGGUCUGUUUACAGUGCUGAGCUGCAGACAAGUAGGGUUAGGCUUGAGGGGUGACUCAUAGCGUGAAGCAGAAAACAGCCUGCUGCCUCUCCAUGCUUGGGUCAGAAAAUGGGAUAAUAACUGUUGUGAGAACGUUUCAUUCCUCCAUUCCCCUAACAGCUGCUGAGGCUCCCAGACGCAGUACUGGAAUUCUUGACUGCUUAAACAAUUGCUCUUAAGUAUUUCAUCAUGAAGCAGGGAAAGAUGAAAUUAAAAAUAUGAUGAGUUGGAGCCCAGGCAUUGCUCAGCCGAGGGCUUGGUGGCCUGCCAGGCUCCUGGGGGAUGCUUUUAAUUUGGAUAAAUGGAAGUUGCAUAAAUGGUAUAAAUUGCACGUUGCUCUUGCUGCUAAUACAGAAGUGUGGGCGCUGUUGGCAGUGCCAUACGAUGUGCCGUUGCCAGCUGAGUGCCAAGCCAGGCUGAGCCCUAGGGCUGGUGGAGCCAUUGCCCGUGCACAGCUCCCACCCCAGGCGUCUGCAGGAGCCACUCAGCUGAUGGGCAGGCUCCUUCACUUGGACGCCGUUCCCUUUGCCCUCUGCCCUGCUCUGGAUUUUUUUGGAGAGGCUGUUUUCUAAAAACAGCUUGAAAAUAUGUAACUAUCAUUCCAGAGCUGAGUGAUCACACAUAGGUCUCCCAUCCCCGCUGGUCAGGCCAGUCCCUAUGAGCUCAUGGUGUCUGUGGUUUCCCAAAGCAGCUGUCCAGUGUUGGAAGGAAAAGAAAGCGCUGAGCAGCUGCAGCCACCAAGAUUGCUUCUGUGCAGGAGCUGCCAUUGGGGAAGACUCAGCCUCCAAGGUCUCAGGCGGUUUCAUUCCCAGCUCUGCUGCUGAUAAGCCUGAUAGCUCUGCCCGGGAUGGCGCCGCGGCGGGGCUGAGCGGGAUGCGCGGCCCCGGGGGCUGCCCGCCCGCCGCCCCGUCGCGGGCGAAGCCGCCGCUCGGCAUCGUGUUCUCGACGGCGCUGUUCUGCGGGGAGGGGGCGGCGGCCGCCGCGCUCUGCUUCUCCUACGGACACUCCGACGAUCGCUUCUGGCUGGCGCUCACCAUCUUCUUCGUGCUCUGCCCCUCCGUCCUGGUGCAGCUCACCCUCAUCUUCGUGCACCGCGACCUCAGCCGCGACAGACCCCUCGUCCUGCUCCUGCACCUGCUCCAGCUCGGGCCGCUCAUCCGGUGUGUGGAGGCCCUGGUGGUUUACUGCUGGUCAGGGAAGGAGGAGGAGCCCUAUGUCACCAUCACCCGCAAGCGGCGGCUGCGGAAAGGCUAUGAAGUGGAGAUGGAGCAGGAGGUGGGCCACUCUGUGCGCCGGCUGGCCACCCACCGCAACGCCUUCAAGCGCAUGGCGGUCAUACAGGCCUUCCUGGGCUCCACCCCACAGCUCACCCUCCAGCUCUACAUCAGCGUCCUGGAGAAGUACAUCCCUCCUGCACGAGCCAUCCUCAUGGGCAUCUGCCUGGUGUCAGUCACCUACGGGGCACUCGUCUGCAACAUCCUGGCCAUCCAGGUGAAGUACGAUGACUACAAGGUCCAACUGCGGCCUCUGGCCUUCCUCUGCAUCGUGCUGUGGCGCAGCUUGGAGAUCUCCACUCGUGUGGCUGUCCUUGUGCUCUUCAGCACGGUCUUCAAGCACUGGAUCAUCCCUAUAGCCCUGGCCAACCUAUUGGUGGUCUUCUUCUUGCCCUGGGUGCAGUUCUGGCGAAGUGGCACCCGCCUGCCUGACAACAUCGAGAAGAACUUCAGCCGUCUGGGCACAGUGGUGGUGCUCUGUGCCUUCACCCUCCUCUACGCCGGCAUCAACAUGUUCUGCUGGUCGGCCGUGCAGCUUAAGCUGGCCGACAGGGACCUCAUUGACAAGUCACAGAACUGGGGCCGCGUGGUCGUGUACUACGUGGCCCGGCUGGUGGAAAACACAGCCCUCGUCAUACUCUGGUACUUCUUCAAGACAGACAUCUAUGAGAACAUCUGCACUCCACUGCUGGUGGUGCAGCUGCUCCUUGGCUACUGCCUGGGCAUCUACUUCAUGCUCCUUUUCUUCCAGUACCUGCACCCCUGUCGCCAACUCUUCCGACACAACAUCGCUGACUUCCUGCACUGCGUCUGCUGCCGGCGGAACCUCCCGGAGACCCCUCUGCAUCUCCAGGCGCCUCAUGAGCCCGGUGUGAGGCACAGCAUCGUCUGAGGCACAGCCAGCAACUGGCUCCUCCAGCUGGCUAUGAACACAGGGACGGGCAGUGCCAGGCUGUGCCCUCAGGCUUGUAGAACAAGUUGUGCCAGAGGCAGGUGCCUCCUGGUCCUGCAGUGACAGUGGGUCCCAGUGCAUCCCCAUGGUUCCAGGGGGACGGGAGUGUGCCCACCUGCUUAGGAACAUAUACAUGGACAUGAAGGACUAGUUAUGGGGUCCGUAAACGACCUGACGCCUGUCUGCCAUGCGGUGCACAGUGCGCUGGGGUGCUCUGACACCCUCGUGUGCCCACUGUGGUGCAUAUGGUAACCUCAGGACCAUGGAUGCCCGCAGGACUGUUUUGAGCAGUAAAGAAACUUUGCUGUGACUGCGCGUCUGGGCAGCUGGUGACUCACGCAGAGGGUGGGGAUUGUACUGCCGGGGCUGACAUAGGUGUGCACACCCUCUGCCCGUGUAGCCCUCGUACUCAUGAGCACUGAGCUGGAGAUGUGCCAGCGGGAAGCGGGGAUGGGGGAGCCCCGCAGUGAGGUUGAUAAGAUGCAGAAGCAUGGUGGGACAGGGCCCAGCCUCAUCCUGCGCUUCCGUCAGCGCCGCCCUGGCUGCGGGCCAGGAGCAACCCUGCACGCCAGCAAAGAGCAAUCCUGCCCAACCUGUUCCUCCAGGUGGGAGGCCCCGCAUCGGCUUCUGUUCCCAGCAGGAGCAGUGGAUGCCGCGGUGCUGGGCACCACAGGGCUCUGGAGCCUGCAGCAGAGGGCAGGCAGAAGAAGGGUGGAUCACACAGCAAUGGUGAUGCUGAUGGGACCCAGGAGUCCUCACUCUAAACCAAGAGCGUGACAUCCCCACGCUCCCCCAAAACCAUUUGUGGGGUCAGCUCAGUUUAGAGGAUGCUGAGUGCCAGACUGAGGGUGCUGAGCACCCUGGGGUGCCCACAAACUGCACUGAUGGUGCUCAAGCGCUGGUUGCUCAGUCUUAAUUCACCCUCCCUGGGAUGGAUCUGUAGGAUGGGUCUCCAGGCUGGGUCCUGGCCCUGGCACAGUGCCAUUCCCCCAGGAUAAUUCUCCCUUGGCUGUUUUGUUGUCAAACAGGGGCAGGGGGGCUGGUGAGGAUUACCAGGGUGGGUCACGUGCUGAGCAGGGCACAGGAUGGAUCCUCCACAACUUCUUCCCACUAGGAAAUCCCUACCUUAAAAAAAGCCCAUUUUUGUCCCCAAAUAUUGCAAAAACACCAAGAGGAGCCACCCAAUGCCCUGCAGCACCCAGCUUUGGGGCCACAGAGGACCUCUCAGUGGGGAACCGUGCCUGGCUGGCACAGGGGACUGGUUUUGGACCAGCCGAUAGUUUCAGCCUUCCUGGAAGGUGGCGUUUGAAACCGCCCGGCGUUUCCUCAAAGGUCUCUCAAGGGAAAGUCCCUCUGGUGCCGUUC